UAUUAUUCUGAAGUUUUAUAUUGAUUUAAUGUAAGUUAAAAAUAAAUUACAUAUAACAUCAACAUUCAAAGGCAAAGAAAAAAUGAACAUAUUUUAAAACAAAUUGUUAUUAGAAGUCUAAUUCAUUCAUUGAAAACUGAUUUUUUUGCUUGAAAUCAAUUUAAUGGGAGUAAUGGAUUCAAGCAUUGACAUUGACACAUUUCUUCGAUCAUUACGUGCUACCAAGCCACCAUGGGAGUGUCCGAAAUGUCAGAAGAUUUAUAAAAGUUACUCUGGAAUGGAAUAUCAUAUGCUUAAAUUUGAUCAUGAUGCAGCUCCAAUGACCCCAAGCCAGAAACCCACACCGUCAAAUUCAAAUCGAAAAGGACCUCGCUCAAAGUUUGCCAUGAAAAAGAAAGGAGGACGAAUGAGUGCUAAUACACCUAGACGCUCUCCAUCUCCUAUUGGUUUUGCAUCACCAGCCCGAGAGACUCUGACUUGGGCCGAAGCUCAAAGAAUGGUUGAAGUUGAAUCAGAAGGAAAAAUUUAUAGAUUGGACAUAAAUGAAAAACUAGACGUCAUCUCGGAUUCUGAUGUUGAUAAAGAUGAUGACAGUAACAGCGGAAAUUCAUCAGACGGAAGUUUAGAUACUCAAAAUCAAGAAGACUCAAAGAAAAACAUAACUAAAGAGGAUGGAGGAAACAGUGGACCGGCAGGGAAGAAUGGAAAAAGCAAAACGGGAGGGAAACCCGCGGUCAACAGCAAAGACUUGAAAAGUGUGACUCUCCCUAUUCAACGAGAUGGAAAUUCAGCAGAAUCAAAGCCAGUUGAACCAAAGCUUCCUGUACCAUCGUUUCGCGUCGUCUCUGCGUAUGGAACUGAAGCAGCUGAUGCUCCAGAACGUCGUAUGGCUUAUUAUCGAUAUAUUGAAAGACCAGUUGAAGAAUUGGCAGAGGAGGUUGAAUAUGAUAUGGAUGAAGAAGACUCUGUUUGGCUAGAACUUUUGAAUGAAAACCGAAAAAAAGAGUCAUUGCAAAUCGUUUCCGCUGAUCAAUUUGAACUUUUGAUGGACAGAUUUGAAAAAGAAUCCUAUUUUGAACAAGCAAAAAAUGGGGAUCAUCAUCGUGCACAACAAAUGAUUGACGAGGAUGCCGUAUGUUGUGUGUGUAAUGACGGCGAAUGUCAAAACUCAAAUGUCAUCUUAUUUUGCGACAUGUGCAAUCUUGCAGUCCACCAGGAGUGCUAUGGAGUCCCUUACAUUCCUGAAGGACAAUGGUUAUGUAGGAGAUGCUUGCAAUCUCCGUCUUGCCCAGUUGAUUGCUGCUUGUGCCCAAACAGAGGUGGAGCAUUCAAACAGACCGAUGAUGGUAGAUGGGCACAUGUGGUCUGUGCACUUUGGGUUCCUGAGGUGACAUUUGCCAACACUGUGUUCUUGGAACCUAUCGACGGAUUGAAAAGAAUUCCAGCUGCAAGAUGGAAACUUUCUUGUUAUAUUUGUAAACAGAGAAAUUCUGGAGCUUGCAUACAAUGUCACAGAACAAAUUGUUACACUGCAUUUCAUGUCACAUGUGCUCAGCAGGCUGGUCUAUAUAUGAAAAUGGAUCCAGUUCGGGAAACUGGAAAAAAUGGAGUAACAGUCACAGUGCGAAAGGCAGCAUUCUGCGAUGUUCAUCGGCCUGCGAAUGCGACUCCUACUAAACCACUUCGAAAUACAUUCGAGUUUGAAGAAAUGGAUAAAGAGAGAGAAAAACAAGCUUUGUCUGAUUCAAGAGAAAAAAUGAAAAAGGCACGGAAGAUUCUUGCGGAGAAGCGACAAGAGAUGCCUCAUAUUGCCAUUCCUUAUAUUCCAAGAGCUAAAAUGGCGUCUAUUAGUAAAAUUGUAACACUGCAGAAACGUGGAAGUUUUAUGCAGAGAUUGUUGAGUUAUUGGACAUUGAAGAGACAAUCAAGGAAUGGUGUACCUUUGUUAAGACGAUUACAGUCGAACCUACAAUCUCAAAAGAAUCCAGAUUCUUGCACUGGUACACCUGAACAAAAUGAACUUUUGAAGCAACUCAAGUAUUGGCAGAGAUUACGACAUGAUCUUGAACGAGCAAGACUUCUGAUUGAACUUAUAAGAAAACGAGAGAAAUUAAAAAGAGAGCAAAUCAAAAUAAGUCAGGCUGUCUCUGAUCUUCAAUUGUCACCCUGGCUUAAUCAUUUGCAUCACACUUUGGAUCGCCUCAGAACAUUAGACACAGCAAAUGUGUUCGCUUUACCAGUAAAUGUGAGAGAUGCACCAGAAUAUGACAAAAUUAUUAAACAUCCGAUGGAUUUCUCAACCAUGGAGAAAAAAAUCGAUGGAUUCAAGUAUAAGUCUAUGGAUGACUUUGAGACUGAUGUCAAUUUGAUUGUCAACAACUGCAUGCUGUAUAACACAAGAGAUACAAUAUUCUUCAGACUUGCACUUAAACUACGAGAUCAGGGAGGCACUGUCAUCAGAAAUGCAAAAAGAGACUCAGAUAAAAUUGGAUUUGAUCCAGAAACAGGAUUUUUACUCAAUGAAGCUCCUCAAGUCAACGAGGAAUCGCCUGGUAAAAUAUUGACAGAAAUUGACAGACUAAUUGAUGGUCAUGAUCGAACUGAUCUAUCAUAUGAAGACCAACUUAAAAACUUAUUCGACAAACUUGAUUUUACAAUGACCUUGAAAAAUGGAGUCGGAAAAGCUUACAAAGCGAAAAAACUUCGAGCACAAAUUUUGAAGUUGAGAAGGAGAAUGUCUCAAGCAAAAAAGAAUGCAGAAGAAGCUGGUAGUUCACCUGAUAAACCAUCUACAGCUGAAAAAGUUACAGAUGUCAAAUCUGAAAAUGAAAGAUUGUCAGACCACUCCAAAUCAUUUAACAAACCAGGGAGGAGAAAAAGUACAAGUGGACAAAACAAAAAAGAGAAAGAAAACAGUCAUUCUCCCAACCUUUCACCAAGUUUUUCAAGAUCCAUGAGCUCGCCGGAUGGGCCCAAAAAGAAUCCGCGUUUCAGAAAGAGAAGGUGGUCUAAUCUUUCCGAAAAUAUGAGCGAAAAUGACUCAAAGCGUCCGCGCCGCAGGUCGGUGGACGCUUUUGCUCUGCCACACAAAGGUAUUAAACGCAGUGCGAGUACAAUGGUAGAGUCUUCAAUCGUGGAUGACGUUGGUGUAGAUUCCGCUAACGAAUUCAGACCAGAAAGUGUUAACCGCCGUUCGGCCGUACUUUUCAAUAAAAAACGCAAACGAAACUCUAAUCCAGUAUCGCGACAAAACUCUGAUGAAAACACUAAAAGUUCAAACUAUGAAAAAGAAGACAGCAGCAGGCCUUUGUCUGAUUCAGCAGUUGUUAGUCGGCCCUUGCCAAAUUCUUGCCGAAACUCUCGUAGGUCUCCGAGUCCUGAGGUAAUGCCACUUCGAAAGACAAGAUCAAGUGAUUCCUGUAAUUCAAAUGCCAGUUCAGAUUCUGGAGAGAAAAUUACCAGAUCUAGGAGAAAGUCACUAACAAAUGGUUUCUUGCCAAGUCCUGGGAGAAAAGGUAGCAAACCUGAAAGUUUUCUAGUUUAUCGAGAAGAAUCAAGACGCCAACGCACAAGUUCAGACACUGAUACAACUUCGUCCAGUAGCAGUAACGAUAACAGAAGAAAAUCUAAGAAAAGAUCAUCCAUCACCAGCGCUAAAUUAAUCUCUCGUCGAUCAUCUUGCUCUGUUAUGGAAAAUAGAAGAAGAAUGAAUCGACGUAGCAAUAGUCCUUCUUCCAAUGGUGACUCUGACGAUACAGACAAAAUGAAACCUUCUGUGGUCCGCAAACGAAGACGUACAACAGGAAGUUCAUCGACAGAGGAAGAACAAGCAUCUGAUUCAUGCAAUCUCGAAGCUCUUGAUUUAGUUUGGGCUAAAUGCAGAGGUUACCCUUCUUAUCCUGCAUUGAUUAUUGAUCCAAAUAUGCCAAGGAACGGUUAUUUUCACAAUGGGGUACCUAUUCCUGUCCCUCCAUUUGAUGUCCUAAAAGUUGGUGAAUCAAAAUUGGAGUCCAAUCAUAAACACAAUCAUCUUUAUCUUGUCUUGUUUUUUGACAACAAAAGAACAUGGCAAUGGUUACCAGCAUCGAAACUCAAACCACUCGGCCUUGAUGAAAAAUCUGACAGGUUGAAAUUGUACGAAGGAAAACGUCCUGGUAUAAGACGCAGCGUAACGCAGGCUUAUCAACGCGCAAUCAUUCACAGAAGAAAAGUAUCAGGAGAAAUUCCUGACAGCGAUGAUGAAAUUCAUGAUGACGGCAACUUUGCUGAAGAAGAAGAUAGCAGUGAUUCCGUAAAUUAAAUUGAUUUUCAUCUAUCGUAUGAUAAAUUUGAAACACUGCUUCUAUCACGCAAUUGCUAUAUAAGAAUACUACACUACUACUAUUUCAAGGGUAACUGCUUUCAUUAUUUGCAUCAUUAGUUCGCAAGGAUUAAAUUCUAUCUAGUAAGCAGCAACUUGGAUUGACCAGAACAAGUCAAAUAUACUUACAUAUACUUGUAUUGUAUUGUUUGUCUUGAUGUGUCUUUGUAAUGUGGUCACCGUACUUCGCAACCUAAGAUAAAUUUUGAGUUGUUUUUGAAGUUGUAUUUUGCCUUGUACAGGUAAAUCCCCAGGAAUUUAUCGAGUCAUGCCCACUUUACACCCAUUAAUCAAAAUAUAUCUAGUAUGAUUGAAUUUUUAAUAUAAAAUUAUCAACUUUGAGCAAGCACAUUUUGCUUGAAUUAGUACCGGUAGCUGGAAUGUUGUAAAGUAAACCGAAAGUUUUACUUAAAUUGGAACGUGUGCUGCCAAAUCUUGAUUAUAUAAAAUGUAGUGAAUUUAAAUUGCAUUGCAAAAGAUUAGUAUUAUUUGUAUUUGUUUAAUAUUAUAAAUUUUAUUACGAAAAAUAAAUGUGUAGCUAGUUGAAAUAACCAGUUAGUUGAAUAGUUUCUAUUCUAGAAUACUUACUGGCUUGCAAUCAAUAUAGAUGUCAAAUAUUCACAGUGGAUUUCUUCAUCCACAAAACCAAAUUUUACUCUUUACACAAGUCAUGAUUGCUUUACUGAAAUAGACAUUUAAUAGUAAUGCAGCAAUUUUGAUUAUAUGAAGUCGUUUAAAACAACUAUUUCAAGUGGCAAAUGUUAUUAGUUGAAGCUGCUAGUGUUAUGAUCUGGUGAUACAAAAUUUUGCCUUGUAGCAGGUAGAAGAUGUAGAUAAUAGUUAUUUGUAUCUACAAUGAUUGACUUUAAGUUGCACAAUAUGUUUGAUAAAUUUUUUAUUCUUUCCUGUUGAUACAUUUAUAUUUUAGUUCUUUUCCAUGAUUUUUGUAUUUAUGUGUCAUUUUAAAUAUGGUAAAUGCCAUAUUUUUUCAGAAUAUAGGAUGAAUUUCAAAGUUUGACACGAAUAAUAUCAACAUGUAAUGUGUUAAAAUAUAAGGAAAAAGAAAAAUUUAAAUGCAUUCAUUUCCUUUUCCAUAGGAAACCCCUUUUUCACUUAUGAAAGAUUUCAUAGGCAUUUUUUUUGAAAUUAUGUAGUUCUUCCCUAUUAUUAUCUCGGUAUUAAUAUUCUAUAUUAAACUCCCCAUUCAAGAUUAUAUCUCGAAGAUGUAUUUACAAGGUAAUUUCUAUAUGAAUUUAUACAUGGAUUUAAGUUCACAAUGCCUAAUUUGCCUUCAUUAUAGUAAUAGUGCCUGUUCUGUUGCUCAGUGGUCAAGUUCCCCCGUAUGCCUGUUAUUUGUAUAUACUAUUUAUUUUGCUUUUUGUCAUUCCAAUUGCUAUUUAUUGAACAGUUUUAAUGCUGUUUAACACAUCUGGGGCUGGGGAAGAAGAUAUAAUCCUAGUCAGUUUGAAUGGCUGCCCCGAGAAUGAUAAUCAGUGAAGGAGUUUUAAUUAACGCCUGUCUAACAACUCAAAUUAUCAUGGAUUUGAGAACUUGGUCGACAAAGUUGUUUUAUCACAAAGUCCGAGACAUAUUUAGAAGCUAUUUACGUAGCUUGGAUUCUGCAUACUUCGUUUUCGUAUCACACAACGCGUUUUCCCUGUACAAUAUCGGCAUAAAUUUUUUAUUCUUGUAUCAACUCUAUACUAUUGAUAUUGAGUUUUGUGAUGUGGCACACUAUGUAUAUUUUCUAGAUGUACUUACAUAUGAAAUUCAGGAACGUAUUUGUAUGUUGUUAUCGCUGUCGUGUUGUCCCAUUUAUUUGUUGUUUAUUCAUCACAAACACAUUUUUCGUAAAAUAAAUUUAUGCAAAAUUGCGAACA